AUGUUCAUCUACUUCAUCAUCACCUACCUCUUCUGCUCCAUCUUCGCCGCUGAGAUUUUCGGGCCGAUGUUCAAAGACAUGGGCUUGACAUCCAUCUACGAAUAUCUCGAACGUCGUUUUGGAAAAACCUCGAAGAUGAAUGGAAAAGUCAUUCGAGGACUAAUGACGAUUGAGUUCAUUGCGCAGAAUAUUUUUUAUGUCGGAAUCGUGAUUUAUUCUCCAGCAACGGCGCUGGAAGUGGUGACUGGGUUGGAUAAGUGGCUUUGCGUUUGGCUGAUUGGAGGAAUUUGCAUCUUUUAUACGAGCAUUGGAGGCCUCAAAGCUGUUGUCUGGACCGACACCUUUCAAAUCUGCAUUAUGCUCUCCGGCUACGUCGCGAUCAUUUCAAAAGCUUCCGUCGAUUUUGGCUCCUUCAAAAACAUCAGCGAGCCGUACAAGCUUUCAGAAAACUGGGUAUUUGACGAGUUCGACUGGGACCCGCGAAUUCGCCAUUCAUUUUGGACGAUUAUUAUUGGCGGCUUAUUUGGAACUUGGGGAAAUAGCUUCUGCUGCUCGCAAAGAACACUUUCGACCGUGUCGAGCGGAAUCAAUUCAAUGACAACAGUCGCCAUUACCGAUUUCAUUCAGCCCCGUUUGCCUCACAAGAGUGACGUCUUUUUCACCCGCCUAUCGAAACUUUUAACGGUUCUGUUUGGAAUCGCUUGCAUCGGAUUUGCUUAUAUUGCGGCAAAUCUUGGCGGCGUUCUUCAAGCUGCGCUGAGUGUUAAUGGAAUGAUGGGUGGUACUAGUUUUGCUGUUUUUAUUCUUGGAUUUUUCAACCCCUGGGCGGAGGAAAUCGGCACAAUAGUCGGCUUUCUCAGUGGUCUUGGAAUCGCAGUUUGGACUUAUAUUGGCUCGACCAUUUACAAAACAGACCCGCAAUGGGCAAGAAUAACGCCUCAAACAAUAUCUCAAUGCGAAGGCUACCCUUCUGACUUCCCCUGCACUUCGAACAGCUCGGAUCCUUGGUGCGACUCUGAUUUUGAUGACUCAGACUAUCCAGCUGUCGCUCAACUUUAUGCGAUUAGCUAUCUUUAUCUUGGCACACUUGGCUUGGUUACCAAUCUGGUCGUAGGAAGCUUAGUGUCUUUUAUCAUCUGCAGGGUCAAGAAAAUCAGCCCGAAUCAACUGCCGAAAAUCGUCCUUUUUCCCGCCUUGGAUCGUCUUUUCUCCCGCGAAGAAGUCGACAAAAGUCCACUUUCCGUCAGAAAUGUCGCUUUUGACGACGAAGAAAAAACACGAACCGAAAAUCCGUUUGAUGAAGAUCAAACAAAUUUCUAG